AUGGAUAAGGAGAAGGAUGACCUGGAAGGUCGUCCCGCUGAGAGUGAGGAGGAUUUCAAACUUAGGAAAUAUUUCGAAGAUUCUCAUCGUAUGGCCAUGGACAAUGGUGGCAAGCCCAAGAAGAUGGGUAUCACCAUCCGAGAUCUAACCGUUGUUGGUAAAGGUGCCGAUGCCUCUGUCAUCAUGGAUAUGUUGUCUCCACUCAAGUUCAUAUUUAAUCCAUUUAAUUGGGUUAAGAACAAUGGAACAACAUUUGAUAUAUUACAUAAGGUCAAUACUUUUUGCAAGGAUGGCGAGAUGUUGUUGGUGUUGGGUCGCCCUGGAUCGGGAUGCAGCACAUUGUUGAGACUGAUAUCAAAUCAAAGAAAUACUUAUGUGUCUGUAAGUGGAGAGGUGUCUUAUGGUGGAAUCAAGUCUGAGAAGUGGUCCAAGUACAGAGGUGAAGCCAUCUACACGCCCGAGGAAGAUGCACAUCAUCCAACAUUGACCGUCAAGCAGACCUUGGACUUUGCAUUGAAGUGCAAGACACCGGGCAACCGUCUGCCCGACGAGACCAAGCGUUCAUUCCGUGAAAAGAUCUUUGAGCUGCUCGUCAACAUGUUUGGCAUUGCCAAGCAGGCCGACACCAUGGUUGGCAACGAGUUUGUUCGCGGUCUGUCUGGUGGCGAGCGCAAGCGUAUGACCAUCACCGAGGCAAUGGUAUCUGGCGCGCCAAUCAUCGCCUGGGACUCGUCCACGCGUGGACUGGACGCCGCCUCCGCCCUGGACUAUGCCAAGUCGCUGCGCAUCAUGUCUGACACCCUGCACAAGACCACGAUCGCCUCGUUCUACCAAGCAUCCGACUCGAUCUACCAACUGUUUGACAAAGUGAUCGUGCUUGAGAAGGGUCGUUGUAUAUUCUUUGGACCAGGUACCGCCGCCAAGCAAUACUUCCUGGAUCUUGGCUUUGAGUGUGAGCCACGCAAGUCCACGCCAGACUUCUUGACCGGUGUGACCAACCCCCAGGAGAGGAAGGUGCGUCCCGGCUUUGAGAGCACCGCCCCAGCCACAUCGCUCGAGUUUGAGCAAGCCUGGAUCAAGUCGCCGCUGUACCAUGCCAUGCUCGAGGAGCAAAGCGAGUAUGAGCGCCAGCUCGAGACCGACAAGCCACAUCUGAUGUUCGCUGAGGAGGUCGUGGCCCAGAAGUCCAGGACCACAAACAAGAACCGUCCAUACACCACCUCGUUCCUUACCCAAGUGCGCGCUCUGUCCAUUCGCCAAUUCCAACUGCUGUGGGGCAACAAGUUCUCGCUGUUCUCCAGAUACACGUCCGUCCUCAUCCAGGCAUUCGUCUAUGGCUCCGUGUUCUUCCUCCAGAACAACACAAUGAAUGGUAUCUUUACGCGUGGUGGCGCCAUCUUUGGCAGUUUGCUGUUCAACGCCUUCCUGUCGCAAGGUGAGAUCGUGCUCACGUACCAUGGCCGUCGCAUUCUCCAGAAGCACAAGACCUACGCCCUGUAUCGCCCGUCCGCCUUCCACAUCGCCCAGGUGAUGACCGACAUCCCCAUCAUCUUCCUCCAAGUGACGCUAUACUCUGUGAUCGCCUACUUCAUGUUUGGCUUCCAAUAUCGCGCUGACGAGUUCUUCAUCUGGCUGUUCACACUGAUGGGUGUGACACUGGCCGCCACUUCAUUGUUCCGCGCCUUUGGCAACUUCACUCCAUCACUCUACGUCGGCCAGAAUGUGAUGUCCCUGUACCUGAUCUUCAUGCUGACGUACACUGGCUACAUUGUGCCCUAUCCCAAGAUGCACCCAUGGUUCCAAUGGUUCUUCUGGGUCAACCCAUUCUCGUACGCGUUCAAGGCGCUGAUGGCCAACGAGUUCAAGAACAAGGUGCUGGACUGCCAGCUCACGGCCAUCCCCUACGGCCCAGCCUACACCAACGACGCCUACCGCAUCUGUCCAACUGCUGGCGCGCAACAGGGCGUGCUCAACGUCACUGGCGAGACCUACCUCGAGGCCAGUCUCGAGUUCAACAUGAGCCAACGUACAAUCAAUGUCAUUGCGGUCUACCUGCUCUGGCUGCUGUUUGUCGCGCUCAACAUGGUCGCACUUGAGUUCCUGGAUUGGACCGCUGGCGGCUACACCCAAAAGGUGUUCAAGAAGGGCAAGGCACCAAAGAUGAAUGACGUUGAGGACGAGAAGAUCCAGGCCAAGAUCGUAUCCGAAGCCACCAACAAGAUGAAGGACACGCUGAUUAUGAGCGGCGGCAUGUUCACAUGGCAGAACAUCAAGUACACUGUUCCAGUGCCAGGCGGCACCCGUCUGUUGCUGGACGACGUCGAGGGCUGGAUCAAGCCCGGCCAGAUGACCGCCCUGAUGGGCUCGUCCGGCGCCGGCAAGACCACCCUGCUCGAUGUGCUCUCCAAGAGAAAGACCCUUGGUGUCGUCGAGGGCAAGACCAUGCUCAACGGACGUCCACUCGACAUUGACUUUGAGCGUAUCACUGGAUAUGUGGAGCAGAUGGAUGUGCACAACCCCAACCUGACCGUGCGCGAGGCCCUCAGAUUCUCUGCAAAGCUGCGCCAGGACCCAGCCGUGUCCCUCGAUGAGAAGUACAAGUACGUCGAGAACGUGCUCGAGAUGAUGGAGAUGAAGCAUCUGGGUGACGCACUCAUCGGUGACCUGGAGAGUGGCGUUGGUAUCUCUGUUGAGGAGCGCAAGCGUCUCACCAUCGGUGUUGAGCUGGUCGCCAAGCCACAUAUCCUGUUCUUGGACGAGCCCACCAGUGGCCUCGACGCCCAGUCCUCCUACAACAUCGUCAAGUUCAUCCGUAAGCUCGCCGACGCUGGCAUGCCCUUGGUGUGCACCAUCCAUCAGCCAUCAUCAGUCCUGUUUGAGCACUUUGAUCGUCUACUGUUGCUGGCGCGUGGUGGCAAGACCGUGUACUUUGGUGAUAUUGGCGAGCGAUCCAAAACACUCACAUCCUACUUCCAGAGCUACGGCGUGCGCGCCUGUGGCGACAAUGAGAACCCAGCUGAGUACAUCCUUGAGGCAAUUGGCGCUGGCGUCCACGGCAAGUCUGACGUCAACUGGCCACAGACUUGGAAGUCGUCGGCCGAGUGCCAGCAGAUCAAGAAGGAGCUGGACGCCCUGGACAGCACGAUCGCCAUGCCCACUGAGCCAGCCCGCGAGUUUGCCACAUCCAUGGCCUACCAGUUUGUCGAGGUCUACAAGCGUAUGAACAUCAUCUGGUGGCGCGACCCAUACUACUGCUUUGGCCGUUUCGUCCAGGCGGCAGUCGUCGGCCUCAUCAUCGGUUUCACCUUCUACGAUCUCCAGGACUCCUCGUCUGACAUGCAACAGCGUAUCUUUGUCAUCUUCCAGGCACUGAUCCUCGGUAUAAUGAUGAUCUUCAUCGCACUGCCCCAGCUGUUUGCCCAGCGUGAGUACUUCCGUCGCGACCUCUCCAGCAAGUUCUACUCGUUCGUGCCAUUCUCAGUGUCGAUCGUCCUCGUCGAGCUGCCCUAUCUCGUGAUCACCGCCACCAUGUUCUUCAUUUGUGUCUACUGGACGUCGGGUCUGCAGUUCAGCGCCUCAUCCGGCUUCUACUUCUGGAUCAUGUACGUGCUCUACCUGUUCUUCUGCGUGUCGUUCGGUCAGAUGGUUGCGGCCAUCUGCAUCAACAUCAUCAUGGCCAAGUUCAUCAUCCCACUGCUGAUGGUCUUCCUCAUCCUGUUCUGCGGUGUGAUGGCGCCACCCGACGACCUGCCCACCUUCUGGCGCUCCUGGAUGUACCAUCUGGACCCUGUGCACUACUUUGUCGAGGGCCUCGUCACCAAUGUGCUGAGCCACGUCACCGUCACCUGCACUGAGGAGGAUCUGAUCAAGUUCAACCCGCCUCCAGGCCAGACUUGCGGCGAGUACACAGCCAUCUUUGAGACCUAUCCACACACUGGCUACAUCACCAACCAGAACCAGACAUCCGAUUGCGGCUACUGUCUAUACAGCCAUGGCUCCGAGUACUACCAUCAAUUGGGUUGGUCAGAGAGUCAUCGUUGGAGGAACUUUGGUAUCCUUGGAUGUUUCUGGAUCUUCAAUGUAUUGAUGCUAAGUGUAUUCAUCUACAUGUCAAGAAAGCAAAGAAGAUAA